AUGAUGAUGGCCGAUUCGCAGCCGGCUCGCUUCUCCAUAGAGGAUCUGCUACGAUCUCGUCACGAUAUUCUCGCUAGUGUACUCCCACCACCGUCUGUACAGAAGGACGAUGUAAAGAAAUCUGUUGAGCAACAUGUUACGAUGCCUAGUGCAGCAUUGAAUGCUAUGGCCGGAACGGACCAACUGCCGUUUUGGCUAAGCUGCGCUGCUGCUUCGUUUCCACUGGAACAGAGCUUGCUGAUGGCACAGCGAACAGGUUAG